AUGAGUUCCCAACAACCCCAGGGACAGGGCGGCGAAGCCGAGAAGAACAUCGAGAUCUGGAAGGUCAAGAAGCUGAUCAAGCGCCUUGAAUCCGCCCGCGGCAAUGGAACCUCCAUGAUUUCGCUCAUCAUCCCCCCGAAGGAUCAGAUCUCUCGUGCGGCGAAGAUGUUGGCUGAAGAAUACGGUACUGCCUCCAAUAUCAAGUCUCGCGUGAACCGACUCUCCGUCCUGUCGGCUAUUACCUCCACUCAGCAACGUCUCAAGCUGUACAACAAGGUCCCCCCGAACGGCCUGGUCGUCUACUGUGGUGAAAUUAUCACCGCAGAAGGAAAGGAGCGCAAGAUCAACAUCGACUUCGAGCCCUUCAAGCCCAUUAACACGUCGCUCUACCUGUGUGACAACAAGUUCCACACCGAGGCUCUGAGCGAGCUGCUGGAGUCGGACCAGAAGUUCGGCUUCAUCAUCAUGGACGGUAACGGUGCCCUCUUCGGUACCCUGAGCGGCAACACCCGUGAGAUCCUGCAGCGUCUCUCUGUCGAUCUCCCCAAGAAGCACGGUCGUGGUGGUCAAUCCGCGCUGCGUUUCGCGCGUCUGCGUGAGGAGAAGCGUCACAACUACGUGCGCAAGAUCGCCGAAUUGGCAGUCCAGAACUACAUUACUAACGACAAGGUCAACGUCGCCGGUCUGGUCCUGGCUGGUUCCGCCGACUUCAAGAACGACCUGAACCAGUCUGACAUGUUCGACCAGCGUCUACAGACCAAGGUCAUCAAGGUGGUGGACGUGUCGUACGGUGGCGAGAACGGUUUCAACCAAGCUAUUGAGUUGGCGGCCGAGACUCUGAGCAACGUCAAGUUCAUCCAGGAGAAGAAGCUGAUUGGCAAGUACUUCGAGGAGAUCUCCCAGGACACUGGCAAGGUCUGCUAUGGUGUUGAGGAUACCCUCAAGGCUUUGGAGCUGGGUGCGGCGGAGACCCUAAUCGUGUUCGAGAACCUGGACGUCACCCGCUGGAUCCUGAAGGACUCCGCUGGCGGAGAGGUGAUUUUGCACACCACCAAGUCCCAGGAAGCCAACCGCGAGCUGUUCCAGGACAAGGAGACCGGCGCCGAAAUGGAGGUGACCGACUCGUCCUCUUUCCUAGAGUGGCUGGCGGAGUCCUACAAGGACUUCGGUGCGGCUCUGGAGUUCGUGUCGGACCGAUCCGGCGAGGGCAACCAGUUCGUGAAGGGCUUCGGUGGUAUCGGAGCUAUUCUCCGGUACAAGGUCAACUUCGAGCAGCUUGCGGAUUGCAGCGACGAUGACGAGUUCUACGACGAUUGA